CAAACGGCAUCGAGCAGCUGUCGUUUUAAUCGUUGAGAAGUCUGAGAUCUCUUCGUCUUCCCAACCAAAUCUCAAAUCAAUAAUAACUCACAUAAACACUCUGUUUCCCUCCAGCUGCUUCUCCAACCAACAAGGUCAACUCUCCAAUUCUCUCUUCAAUUUCUCGAAUCCUUUGAUUCUUAACUGGUGAUUCAGCAGAUUCUGAGUUCCACGGAGGAUGAGAGCAAUUGAACAUCUUGUAGAGGAGGAAUCUGUGAUCAAGAAAGCGAGAAUGGUUGAUAACGUAGAAGAGGUUCCAGUGCUAUCCCAAAACGAACCUGUGGUGGUUGAUGGAAGCGGGAAUGGUCAAGUCACAGUUGUAGAAGAAGAGAAAGAGAAGAAGAUAGAGGAAGUUUCUGCUUCUCUGAGCUUGUCAGAGGAGGCUGAUGUUCAUGCAAAAAACACUGAAAAGGUUCCACCUUUGGAUCUAGAGAAGAACAACGAAGCUUCUGUUGUUACAAGGAGGAAGAAGCUUCUAGUUCUUGAUCUGAAUGGGUUGCUUGCAGACAUAGUUUCUCCUCUUGCAGAUUGUAAAGCUGAUAUCAACAUUGGAAGAAGAGCAAUUUUUAAAAGACCCUUUUGUGAAGAGUUCUUGAAGUUCUGCUUUGACAAGUUUGAAGUUGGUAUCUGGUCCUCUAGAAAGAAGAACAAUGUGGACAGAAUCACUGAGUUCUUGCUCGGAGAUAUGAAGAGGAGACUGUUGUUUUGCUGGGACAUGUCUUACUGUGCUACGACGACUCUUGGUUCACUUGAAAACAGACACAAAUACGUGGUGUUCAAGGAUCUAAACCAGCUCUGGGAGAAACACGACCCAAGACUUCCUUGGCAGAAGGGUGAUUACAACGAAUCUAACACGGUUUUGCUAGAUGAUUCUCCUUACAAGGCUUUGCUUAACCCUCCAUAUACAGCGAUAUUCCCACAAUCAUACAGCCAUCAGAACAAGUCAGACACAUCCUUAGGUAAUGGUGGUGAUCUGAGACUUCAUCUAGAGAAGUUAGUAGAAGCUGAAAACGUUCAAGAUUUCAUCAAGAAGAACCCUUUUGGGCAAGAAGCUAUUACUGAAGCUAGUGAGACUUGGGAGUUUUAUAGAGAGGCCACUCGUAUGCACACACAUAUACGCAUUUAGAAACCUCAUACGGUAGAAAAGUGAAGGAUUGUUGGAAGAUUUUUUUUCUAGGUGGUUGGUAAAACAAGCGAUAGAAAGAAAAAAAUAGUAACUGAAAGGAGCUUGAUGUUGUUGUUAUAGUUUUUUUUUUUUGGGUGUUUCAUUGUAGAGGUUGGAUACUACAAGUGAUCUGCUUACUUACCUGUAAUUUGUUUCUUAUAAGAUAAUUUGGUUUUGUUUUCAGAGA